GCAGGCUCUGUGCUGACAGCAGUAAGCUGAAAGUGGGGCUCUAACUCACAAACCACAAGAUCAUGACUUGAAGUCAGACGCUCAACCAAUGAGCCACUCAGGCACCCCUCCAGUUGUAUAUUUUAAUUGUAUAUGUUUUCUUCUUAGCCAGGCUGUUACAUAAAUAUUUUCUUUUUGCUCCAAAUUCACUUAGCGUUAUUGAAAGUAGAAAGUCCUUACUAGAGUUAUUUCUCUUUUUUGGCUCUCAGACAGUUGUCUGCACCGUAAAGUCCAAGGAUAGUAAAGGUAAGACAGUAUAGUACAUACAGGCAAGAGUUGGGAAUACUGCAUCAUUUUUCAUCCCAGAAAAUGUAAGAUCCUAUGAGGACGCCUGGUGGCGCUGCAGGAUAAGACGGUACAGACCAGCACCGCAGCUGCAGCACCAUUAACAGGCAAAACUAAGCAACAGAACCUGGAAGGCCACGGGAAGCUUGGAUGCCACUGGAGGAGGACUGGGUUCUUUGAUAAGGACCACUCACUGGAAUAUUUCUGAGGUAUCCUGUGACAGAGCCACAGUCUCGGAUACUGAAGUCGUUACAGUUCAGCAGAACCACCCUGGAGGGAGGCUUUACCAGACAAGAACAAUGGAGGCCAGUGGGAAGUUCAUUUGCAGACAAAGGCAAGUCGUUUUAUUCUUUGUCCUCUUGGGCUUAUCUCAGGCGGGUAUGGAACCUAGGCGCUAUUCUGUGGUGGAGGAAACCGAGGGUAGCUCCUUUGUAACCAAUUUAGCAAAGGAUCUAGGUCUCGGUCAGAGGGAACUCUCCAAGCGUGGGGCAAGGGUUAUUUCCAAAGGGAACAAACUACAUUUGAAGCUGGAUCAGGAGACUGGAGAUUUGUUGCUAAAUGAGAAACUGGACCGGGAGGAAUUGUGCGGUCACACAGACCCCUGUGUGCUGCGUUUCCAGGUGUUGCUAGAAAAUCCCUUACAGUUUUUUCAAGCUGAGCUACAAGUAAUAGACAUAAAUGACCAUUCCCCAGUAUUCGUAGACAGAGAUAUGUUGCUAAAAAUAUCAGAGAGCAGUCCACCUGGAACUACAUUUCCACUGAAGAACGCUCAGGAUGUGGACGUAGGCCGAAAUAAUAUUGAGACCUAUAUAAUCAGUCCCAACUCUUAUUUUCGCGUCCUCACCCGCAAGAGCAGUGAUGGCAGCAGAUAUCCUGAGUUGGUGCUGGAUAAAGCGCUAGAUCGAGAGCAGGAACCUGAGCUCAGGUUAACCCUUACAGCUCAGGAUGGCGGCUCUCCACCCAGGUCUGGCAUCGCUCAGAUCAACAUUGAAGUCGUGGACAUCAAUGAUAACGCCCCUGAAUUUGAGCAGUCUCUCUAUAGGGUGAAAAUUCCUGAGGACAGUCCGAUAGGCUUCCUGAUUGUCACAGUCUCUGCUACGGAUGCAGACAUAGGAGUCAACGGAGAGAUUUCCUAUUCACUUUUCCAGGCUUCUGAAGAGAUUUGCAAAACCUUUGAAAUCAAUUCCAUGACGGGAGAAAUUCGACUUAAAAACCAACUUGAUUUUGAAAGAAUACAGUUCUAUGAAGUCAAUAUUGAGGCCAGAGAUUCUGGCAGCUUUUCUGGAAAAUGCACCGUCCUGACUCAAGUCUUGGAUGUGAACGACAAUGCCCCAGAAAUCACCAUGUCUGCAUUUACUAGACACAUACCUGAGAACUCGCCUGAGGCUAUGGUUGCAGUUCUCAGUGUUUCAGAUCUUGAUUCGGAAGAAAAUGGGAAAAUAAAUUGCACAAUUCAGGACGAUCUACCCUUUCUCCUGAAAUCUUCCUUAGAAAAUUUUUACACCCUGGUAACAGAGAGACCCCUGGACAGAGAGAGCCAGGCCGAGUACAACAUCACCAUCACCGUCACCGACUUGGGGACCCCCAGGCUGAAAACGCAGCACAGCAUAACCGUGACGGUCUCCGACGUCAACGACAACGCCCCCGCCUUCAGCCAAACCACCUACACCCUGCGCGUCCGCGAAAACAACAGCCCCGCCCUGCACAUCGGCAGCGUGAGCGCCACGGACAGGGACUCGGGCGCCAACGCCCAGGUCACCUACUCGCUGCUGCCGCCCGCGGACCCGCAGCUGCCCCUGGCCUCCCUGGUGUCCAUCAACGCGGACAACGGGCAGCUGUUCGCGCUCAGGUCCCUGGAUUACGAGGCGCUGCAGGCGUUCGAGUUCGGCGUGCGCGCGGCCGACCGCGGCUCGCCCGCGCUCAGCAGCCAGGCGCGGGUGCGCGUGCUGGUGCUGGACGACAACGACAACGCGCCCUUCGUGCUGUACCCGCCGCAGAACGGCUCUGCGCCCUGCACCGAGCUGGUGCCCAGGGCGGCCGAGGCGGGCUACCUGGUGACCAAGGUGGUGGCGGUGGACGGCGACUCGGGCCAGAACGCCUGGCUGUCGUACCAGCUGCUCAAGGCCACGGAGCCCGGGCUGUUCGGCGUGUGGGCGCACAACGGCGAGGUGCGCACGGCCCGGCUGCUGAGCGAGCGCGACGCCGUCAAGCACAGGCUGGUGGUGCUGGUCAGGGACAAUGGCGAGCCGCCGCGCUCGGCCAGCGUCACGCUGCACGUGCUGCUGGUGGACGGCUUCUCGCAGCCCUACCUGCCGCUCCCGGAGGUGGCGGCGGCCGAGGCGCGGGCCGACCCGCUCAUCGUCUACUUGGUCGUCGCCUUGGCGUCCGUGUCGUCGCUCUUCCUGUUCUCGGUGCUGGUGUUCGUGACGGUGCGGCUGUGCAGGCGGAGCCGGGCGGCGUCUGCGGGUCGCUGCUCGGGGCCCGAGGGCCACUUUCCGGGCCACCUGGUGGACGUCAGCGGCACGGGGACGCUGUCCCAGAGCUACCAGUAUGAGGUGUGUCUGCGGGGAGGUUCGGGGACCAGUGAGUUCAAGUUCCUCAAGCCAAAUGUGCCCAAUUUCCAGGGCCACUCCCCUGGGCCAGAAAUAGAAGAAAACGCCAACUUUAGGAAUGACUUUGGUUUUAGUAUUCAGUGAUUGUAUUGUUUUUCAUAUUCCAGAUAUUUAAAAUUGGUAAGUUCAAGAUAUAGCUUUCCUGGCAACCCGUUACGACUUUUUAAAUCACACUAAACUUGCCUGCAAAAUACUUUAUAUUACCCCUUUGUUAUAAAGAAUAGUGUUUUUUUCAUCACUAUGAGAUGAUUGGUCUUAAAUUUUGCCCUCAAAACACUGGUGAGGUCGUUAGUUGUACAAAUUGUUGCUGUGGAAUAGUUUAGGAAUGGAUUAGGAUGGGGCACCUGGGUAGCCCGGGUGAGCAUCCCAACUUCCCCUCCAGUCAUGAUCUCACUGCUCCAGAGUUGGAGCCCAGAAUAGGGCUGGAUGCUGUGGGAGCCCCAUUCGGAUCCUCUGUCUCCUUCUCUUUCUCCCCCUCCCCCUCAAAAAGGAAUAAACAUUUUUUAAAUAGAGCUUGAAAAAAGAAAUGGAUUAGGAAAAAAUAGUGGAAAGUUAAUUUUAUACAGUCAAUUGUAUUCCCUUUUCUUGUUUUAAAUCAUUAGAUAAAUAAAAGCAGUAAUACACUAACACGUGAAGUAUGCCUGGUGGAGAAGGAAAUAACUGGUACAGUGAGAAUCUGGCUUUUGCUUUAUUCUGCUCUCAUAGCUCUUUUUUAAUUUACUUAGAGAGAGGAUGUGUGCACACAUGCAUGCGAAGGAGGGGCAGAGAGAGGGCAGAAAAGAGAGAAUCCCAAGCAGACUCUGCGCAUUCAGGGAAGCUGCUCUCAUAGCUCUUAACUCUGAUACUGUUUUCUCUUAAAUGUUAUACUAACUGUGCUUCCUUUCAUUCAUAUAGUAGUGUUAAUUUUAAUAUAAUUAUUUUAAUUGCUUUCUAUUAAGUUUCAUUGCUGUUAACUGGAGGAAAAAUAGCUACAUUGUGUUCAUCCAGUGACAUAAGAUAGCAUAGUAGUGAAAUGGACUUUUUCUAUUUGAGAAACGUUGAGCAUGGAUGACAGUAAAUGCAGUGGCCACCAAAUAACCAUUUAUUUUUUCUUCCUUAGUAACAUCACAAAUUACAUGUAGAGCAUUAGCAAGUUUAGUAAAAAAAAAAAAUACUUUUUCCCUCCUUGGCAGCUGGAAUGGAGCAUUUCACUAGGUUAUUGCCAAUGGAAUGUAUAUACAGAUGUUGUAGGAGGUUUCCAAGAAGGCUAUUUAAAGGGAGAGGUACCUUUUUGUUCUUCUCUAACUGCUUCUUAUGGCUUGGAAUGUGUAAGUAAUAGCUGAAACACAAUUAGCCAUGUUGGACCAUAGAACAACACUAAGGAUGGAAAUAAUGUACAAAGACAGUCAGUGUAGAAUAAACUUAAAAGAAAUGAGGGUCCCUGGUAACUAUGGAGUCAUCAUAUCACCCCUGGAGUGCCUACUUCUGAAUUUCUUUUUUUACUUGAGAGAGAAAAGAACUUCUAUCUCAUUUCAGCACCAUCAUUUUAGUUUUUGUGCUACCUCCAGUGGAAUCCAAUCCUAAGGCUUUAACAGUAAGAUUUUUUAAAACUAAAAUGUUAUGUAAGACAGUAAAAUGCACAGAUCUUAAGUGUAUAGUUUGAUAUAACUGAUCUUUUAAAGCUCCUAUUCAUGAUUUCUAAUUUAGUUCAAAGUAGGGUACAGAAAAAAAAAAUAGACUAGAAUGCUUUACAUUCAUUAUCUUUUUAGUCCUCUGCCAAAUUCUAAGGUCUGAAUAAGGGACUUAGAAAAAAUGUAUGUAAUAAAGUGAACUUUAACUUUCUAAGUUACACAUGAGAAAACUGAAGCUUAGAAAGGUUAGUAACUUGCUAGCAAUUAUAAAGUAAUAAAAGGAGAAAUUUGAAUAUCUGUCUGUUUUAACUGAAUACUCCAGUUCUUAAUCCAUGUGUUAUAAUGGCAGGCAUUAACUGGUAGCAUUGUCUUCCUAACUAAGGAAAGUGAAAUCCAUCUAUUCCAUAAACUGAACCUUAUGUAGAAAUGUAGCUUUUGGUCUACAGUUUGUACUUGUUUCUUUACUAUAGACUAAAAUACUACUCUGGACCAGUAGAUCCAAAGUUCUUAUAGAAGCACUGACCUACUAUCUGGGUGAGACACCACAGUUAAUCUUCACUGGGAGUAAUACAGCCUGAUCAUUUUCCUGUACCGUCUCAACAUAUCACAUUCAUUAUUGCAGUAAUGAAUGCCCUGAAUAAGGAAUAAAGUUACCUUAUGGUUAUGUUUCUUGAGUUUCUUGUACUUAGCCCUUCAGUCUGUUUUCUGUCAGUCCUAAUAUAAAAUUUUUAUUUUCCUUAGAAAGUUGAAAUUCACUUUAUUAUUUACAUUUUUUCUAAGUCCCUUAUGCAGAUUAAAUACACUGUAUUUAUUUUAGCACACUAUUAUUUGAAAGCAAUUGAUAUUCUAGUAUUAAUUUUAUUUUUUAAAGCUUAUUUUUUUAUUUUGAGAGAGGGAGAAGGAGCAUGGGAGAGGGGCAGAGGGAGAGAGAGAGAGGGAGGCAGAGGAUCGGAAACAGGCUCUGUGCUGACAGCAGAGAGCCAGAUGGGGGUCUUGAACUCAUGAUUGCAAGAUCAUGACCUGAGCUGAAGUCAGAUGCUUAACCAACUGAGCCACCCAGGUGCCCCUCAUAUUCUAGCAUUAAUUUUAAAUGAAAUAACUAAUUUCAGAGAAGUAUAGGCAAUGAUGUGGAAGAAUUUUUUUCACUGAAUAAUUUAGAGAUUCUGGAAAUUUAGUAGGAACAAAACUGAUAGGCUCCAGCUAUGUUCUCUUAAAAUUAA